GAUGAUGAUGAUGAUGUUGUUGUUGUUGAUGAUGAUGAUGUUGUUGAUGAUGAUGAUGAUGUUGUUGGAUUGGCUUCCCAUCAGGCCACUGUUCCCAGGAUCGGCUCCAGUCCUGACCAGGAUAAAACUGUGGCUGUAGAUGAAUGAAUGAAUGAAUGAAUGAAUAGAUGGAUGGAUGGAUGAAUAUUUGAUCACCUUUCUCGUCUUUGAGCUAUGUAAAGUUAAUUAAAAUGCAGUAGCAGUGCACCAACAGAACCAAACAGCGAGCUCUCGUGCCACAGCUGCGCGCGCCAGCCAAUCAGCGCAGCGCUUCCCUCCGGACGUUUGCGCGCGCGAAAGGGCGCGAGCUUGCUGAGGGCGAGCUUGCUAAUGAUAAAACUGAUUAAAUGCUAAUUAAAAGUCGCGUUGCUGGCUAUAUAAGUUGAUUAAUAACGAUGGAAUUCGAUGUAGCCCAUGAAGAGAUAGUUACAACAGACCCGGAGACUGAAGAAGCAGAUGAGCUGUUUUACAUGAAAAGGUUGUUGAUGUUGGGUGCAGCAGAAGCACCUUCGACACCCUCUCUUCACACUCCUCCUCUGUCCUGUUCUCACUACGGAAUUUCUCCAGAGAUUGGUCUUUUGGCUCAGAGAGGGGUAAGGAGACCUGUUGGCAGCAAUCAGAUUAGGGACAGCCCACUGAUAUACUCCUUAAAUCAGAGCAACACUGUUUGCAAGGAGGAUGAGGGAUCAGCAAAAAUAGAUCAAUCAAAAGGGGGCCCAGUGACUGUGGCAAUGACUGCAAAAUCCAAACCUCAGCCAAACCCUAUAACCUCAGUUCAACAUCCCAAACCUCUGUUCACACAUGGCCUGUCACAGAGUGUCUGCAGUGGACAGAGUGCAGUAGGCAGUCAGAGCAGUGUGAGAAAACAUGCACAACGAAUGUCUAAAAUCAAAAAGGACAAAGGCAGCAUUUCUAAAAGCAGGCCAAAGGAGCCAGGGCGCAGGAAUUUAUCUUCUGAAAGAGGUGAGACUGUAAAGAGUGCCGUCUUAUCUCAUCUGUCCACGAGAGGUCAGCAGAGACCAGGAACAGGCUUUUGUGGUAGAGCAGUUAAAAAAACAACAAGUGGCAAACGAAAAGUCUUAAGCUUAAAGAGCAUCCAUAGACGAAACAAAUUUGGGGAGACACGCCUCCAUCUUGCUGUGAUGAAAGGAGAUCUUCAGUUUGUGAAAGACAUAAUUGAAGUUGGUGCCUCCGUCAACCUGGCGGAUAAUGCAGGUUGGACCCCACUUCAUGAAGCAGUAUUGGGACAUAAUUACACCAUUGCAGAAACUCUACUUAAAGCUGGAGCCCUAGUCAAUUCUGUAGGACAUGAAGGAAUAACACCUUUACAGGACGCAGUACAACUUGGCAACUUUAAGCUAGUUCAUCUGCUGUUAAAGUGGGGCGCUGAUCCAUUAUUGAAGAAUCAGAAGGGAGACAAUGCCAUAGACCUCAAUCAAGACAGCAAUAUAGAGAAACUACUGAGACGAUAUGCAGCUAAGGCUUGUAGAAGGACAAGACAGUCUGCUGCUAUAGAUGAAUCAGAAAAAGAUCAGCAGACCAGUAAAGCUGAACUUUGUCCAGCUGUUUGUCCAAACUCAGAGGAUGCCGCAAAAGUACAUGACACUUCCUCUUCAAAUCCUGAAGUAAAAUCAUCAGCUCAAAUUUUGCCCCAACUAAGAGACCCAACAAAAGACUCCGAUGAUGAUGGCUCCUUACCUGUUCCAGAGCGAGAGUCUCCAGGUUCUGACACCACAUCCUGCCCAGACAGUGAUCCCGACAGUGAUAUCACUGUGGAUUACACCGAGACUCAGUCACCAUCACCUGAACACUGGGCUUUAAGUGCUACUCAGGAUUUCUCUGGAGCCACACACCGAGUAGUUGGUGAAACAAUCAGAGAAAAUGACAACACCAUAAAUGAGGAGCUUCUUGUAAAUCAGAGUUUGGUUUCAGGUGCUAAUGAAACAAACCCAAAUCAGUGGAAAGAUUCCUGCAGGGAGACCACUGAUGAAGCAGUCUUGGCUGUUUCUAGAGACGAUCAUGAAACUGAUCUUGUGGACGAGAGCAAUUCUGGAGUUGCCAAAAAAAAGAUGCGAAGAAUGACAAUGGCGAGCGAUCAAAACUUUUUAGAUUACUUGCUCAACUUUGACCUGAACAGUGUCUCUGUCAUAAAUAGUGGAUUUGGCGGCAUGACUAAUGGAGCUACACCACUGAACAAAAAUGUAUUUAAGAAUCCCUCUUCCAAUCCUGCUGUAUGUGAAGAUACAUAUCACUCAGAUGCUCAAAGUAACAUAGCUCAGGAAUGCAGUAUUCCUGUACUUACGUCCAGUCAAAUUGAAACCAGUGGAUCAUGUGCAGAUGAGCAGUCUUUACUCUCAGAAGAAUCGUCUGAAUCGAGCGGAUCUCAGUCUCUACUCAUAGGGCUAAUUCAUGACCAGGGACUUACCUGCAGUCCUGAGCCUCAGGUGGGUUUAAAGAUGAUAGGGCAGUUAAAACCAACCAAUGAGCAGCUAAAACUUGUUCAUUCAAUUAAUCCAAUAUUAAAAAAGACAGCCACAGCCCAGCCUUAUUGUAAAGAAAGCCAACAAAAACAAACGUCUUUGCCACUGCCCACCUUUGACAGUAAUGCUGUUGCCUCAAAAUGGUCUAAAACCAAUAUAGACACUCUGAACAGUGUUGCAUAUGGAGAAGUGCUUGUAGGACCUAAAGGAAACAUAUUCACUGAAUUGUCCCCUGCAGAACUUCACUGUCAGAGUAAUGACCCGGAUGAAUCUAUCAAACAACUUCAGCAAAAACAGGAAGAUGAAGUAACCCCAUUGUGUUUUAAUCAUUUCCCUGUCAGUUCUGCAGCCAUUCAUGGCAUUGUAUGCAAUGAGAGUGUGUGUGGUGGAAGAUCACUGUCAAGGGUACUUGACACCACUCUAGUUGGUGCCUUAGAAUUGCAAGCUAGCACUUCAUUCGAGGAAAAACAACUUUUAGUUAGCACGCCAAGCAGUAAAAGCCCAAAAGAUGAUGAAAUCAAUAUUAAUAGUUGUAGAAAGAUUCCCCCAGAUGCUAAUAUUCCUACAGUCUCAUUAGUGUUAGCGUGUGCCAAAGAUGAUAAAGCUGCUGUUGAAAAUAAUGAUGCUAAAAGUUCUGCAGAAUCAGACUGCACUGUGAUUGAAGAGCAGGAACAAUUAAAGAGCAAUGACAAGGAUAAAGAGGAUGAGACAAUUCAAGCAAGGUUAAUUCCAGCCCCAGUAGUUACCACUUAUAAGGGAGAAAGACAGGACAAGCAGCACGACUUGUGUAAAUCUGGUAAGGAGCAUAGCAGGCGAGAACCGGCAGAGAGCAUAACUGAUGCAUUGAACACAGAGAGCUCUGUCAGCAUGUUGACGGACUUGUCCCAGAAGCCCUUAUGUUUACUUCCAACACCAGAUAACAAUCAAGGUACAGAGAGUGCAGGACAAGACAGUCUUCAGAAAGCUGUGGAAAAUGAAGAGGUCUCAUACACUGCUAAACUGAGCCAGUGCACAAAGAAGCGAUCCAAACAUAAACUCAGAAAACAAACUAACCAUGCUGAUGUGCAUAAUGCAGCCACAAAGCCAGCUGCAAACUUUAACCUGAGAAACAUCCACAGAAGGAAUUUUUUGGGAGAGACUCUACUCCAUCAAGCCUGCAAGAGAGGAGACCUACCACAGGUUAAAAGGCUCAUUAAAGCUGGAAUAGACGUCAAUAUUGCUGACAAUGGAGGAUGGACAGCUCUACAUGAGGCCAGUGCUGAAGGUUAUCCAGAUGUGGUGGAAGAACUUUUGCGUGCAGGUGCAAAUGUUACUAGCAGGGGGCUGGAAGGAUUCACUCCUCUCCACGAUGCUGUUACGUCUGGUGAAUAUGAGGUCGUGAUGCUCCUUCUUCAGUACGGCUCAAAUCCUUAUGAUAAGAAUUCACUCGGACAGAGUGCACUGGACCUUGCAAAACAUGAAGUCAUCAAAGAGCUGCUCUUGACAUUCAGAAAACCUCCUGUUGUACCUGAGCAACCAAAUGAAUCUUCUAAACAAGAUUCUGAAAUUUUGCACUGUGAACAAAAACAGCAAGUUGCUUUUUCAGAUAAUCAAGUUCACAAACAACCACCUGCCUCCAUCAGGAGAGAUGACAAGAGGAACACUGCAGGAAGCAGUGCUGGUUCUGCACCUUGGAGUUCACAUGGGUAUGGUCAGUCCAGAGCCAUGAGGGUAACCCCUGAAGAAGUGGAACCAUCAUCAAUGAAGACAGUCACAGGCCAGCUUUGUUGUGAAGAAAGCCAACAAAAUCAAACAUCUUUGCCCAACUUUCACAAUAAUCAAGUUUGCGGACAACCACCUGCCUCCUUUAGGAGAGAUGAUAAGAGGAUCACUGCAGCCAGCAGUGCUGGUUCUGCACCUAACUCACUUGAGUGUGGUCAGUCCCAAACCACAAAGGCAGCACUGAAAGAAGUGGAACCAAAGCAGACAGGUAUCAGUCUGGGAUCUGAGGACUUGUGAAGAAACUGGCAGUUUUUUUCUGAGAAGAUUCUGUUUACACAAUGAAAUGUAAAAAUCGUUAACUGUUGUGUUGGUAGUGACCAAGUCUUUUAAAGCAGGAACUCAGUGAUUUAAUUGAGUUAAAUAUUUAUUUAAUUAUGGUUAUGUGUCGUAUACAUACAGCAGUGUGAACUACAGAAUGCAGGGACGUAAAGACAUCAGUAGUUACUUUCUAUUAACAGAAAGUAACGGUUAAUGAAAAGUAACUAGCAGUGUGUGAAAAGGAUGUUUGUUUCUGUAUGCUGUUGCUGGUGUCUGACUGCUGUUGCUCACAUUUUACAGUCCUACUCUAAAGAGCUGAUCAUCAUCAUGCUGGAAGCAAGUUUUCAACCAUCAUUUCUUUCCCCGUAGAUACAGGAUAUAAUUAAAAACCAGUUCGUAAUCUUCAGCUUUUAUCAUGCUGUUGACUUUGACCUGGCUGAAAUUUUCACCGUCAGACCAUGACAGAGCCAGGUUCUGUUUACAGAAACCUGCAGGCAUCUGUGCGGUUCUCAGCAGCUCUGCUUUGGGUAUAGUGGUGUCUUUGUGAAUGGUUAAAAAAAAAAACCCACGAAUUUGAAUUCAGGUUGUAGCACCCUGCGUUACAUAUUGCAGUCUUGUCUACUUUGCCUGUCCACAAGUUGCCACAUGCCCCACAAAACUAUUGGAUUCUGAGCAUUUCUUUCUGUCUCUUAACCACUUAAAGUCCCAGGUUUUUUUUUUUUUUCCUUUUAUCAUUAAAAGCACAUUAUUGUGUAACUACAGUAAACCUAAUAAGAGAGGUAUGUAGUUAUGAGGAAUGUAAGACUGGACCACUCUGAUGGCUCCUGGGAGUUUAAGGGGUUAAAGAAAUUAUCUUUACCUAUUUUUCAUCAAAUGCAGACAGUUUGGGCUGUUUCACUGCUUCAUUUUGUCCAGUUUCAUGUCUUUUAUAGAUUUAUAAAUGUGACCUUACUGUUACAUUUACAGUGUUUUUUUUUAUUAUUAUUCUUAUUACAGGAGCUUUGAGAAAUGAAACCCUCAUGAGCAUCACUUCCAUCCGACUGAUUAGUAAUGAAGAGUUCCUUCCAUCCUACAUGAUGGACAGAUACUGGGAUUCAUUUAUGAACCACGAUGAC